AUGACAACAAAGUUGGCUGGCAAAGAUCGGUACGAAAGUUUGAAACAUCUUGGUGAAGGUCAAUUCGCUAAUGUGUACUUGGCCAAAGACUUGGAGACUGAUGACUUUGUAGCUAUUAAAAAGGUAAUGCUUUGGCAUAUUUGUACUUCAAAACGUUUUAAUCGAUAAUGUUAGGAUGAAUCUUUAUUCAACAGGCUUUUUUGGUACAAUUUGUAAAAACUUGUAAUUUCAGAUUAAAUUAGGUGGUCGAGAAGAAGUCCGAGACGGAGUGAACAGAACUGCCUUAAGGGAGAUCAAAUUGCUACAGGAGUUGAGGCACGAGAACAUUAUUACGGUACGCUACUUUGUUUUAUGAGCGUAUUUAUCGCAUAGUUGCCAAUUUAUUUGUAAUUAAACCAUAUUAAAUUAAUGUGUUUUGCGAUUAAUAAUUAUUAUUUAGUUGAGAGACGUGUUUGGGCGGAAGAAUAACAUCCAAUUAGUGUUUGACUUUAUGGAAACUGAUCUGGAACAGCUUCUGAAGAACUCGUCUGUCAUUCUGAUGGGAUCUCACGUCAAGAACAUGGUCAUGCAGAUGUGUUUGGGCGUAGAGUAUCUUCACAUGCACUUUAUUCUACACAGGGUAUGACAUUUUUUAAGUUUAAGUUUAUAUUUAAAUAUUUUUUUACCCUAUUAUAUUAUGAUGACUAUCUUCAGGAUUUGAAGCCGAAUAACCUGUUGAUAAACUCAGCCGGUCGAAUGAAAGUGACUGAUUUUGGUUUGGCUAGAUUCUUUGGAUCACCGACUAGAGAAUACACUCACCAAGUUGUGACAAGAUGGUACCGAUGUCCCGAACUACUGUAUGGUGCGCGGGCUUAUGGAGUGGGCGUGGAUAUAUGGGCAGUUGGGUGUAUCAUCGCUGAACUGUUACUAAGGGUACCCUUGUUUCAAGGAGAAAGCGACCUCGACCAGUUGGUCAAGAUCUUCACGGUACUAGGGGCUCCUAUUGAUGAGGAUUGGCCGGUAAGUAGUACUUUAUUAUUUUAUAAAGAUUUUAUGUUGAGAUUGUGCUUGAGCUAAUAGUUUUAAGUAACAAAAUUAUUUUCAGAAAAGAAAGUCUUUGCCAGACUUCAUCGAAGUUCGACCAUCGCUACCGAAUCCAGUAGAUCUUCGUGGACUUUUCACUGCAGCUUCAGAUAACCUACUAGAAUUGAUGCGAGGGUGCCUCAGAUUCGAUCCUUUGAAGCGAUUAACAGCGACAGAAGCUCUGAAUUCAUUGUACUUUAGGGAAGAACCGUUUGCCUGCAAUGAUGAUCAACUCCCUGUACCUAAAAGCGACAAUGCCAUGGCCUACGGUACUCGGAAGCGAAGAAGAUUUGCAGAAGGCGAGGCUUCUCCGCCUGCCAGAAGGACACUCUUUCCUUGA